GCCGCCGCCUCGGCGGGGACCUCGGCUUCCUCGGGCCACCCGCCGCCGCAGGAGCCGGGGCUCGGGGAGCUGCUGGAGGAGUUCUCCCGGACCCAGUACCGGGCCAAGGACUGCAGCGGGACGGGCGGCUCGAAGGUUGAGCGCAUCGAGAAGAGAUGUCUGGAGCUGUUCGGCCGCGACUACUGUUACAGCGUGAUCCGGAACGUGAACGGGGAUAUCUGCGGCCACUACCCCCAGCACAUCGUGUUCCUGGAGUACGAGAGUUCGGAGAAGGAGAAAGACACGUUUCAGAGCACCGUGCAGGUGAGCAAGCUGCAGGAUCUCGUCUACCGCAGCAAGACCGCCCGGUGCCGGGGCCGCUUUGUCUGCCCGGUGAUCCUGUUCAAGGGCAAGGUGAGCGCAGAGGCCGAGGUUGGCGCCCGCGUGCCCCGUUCUCGGGCGACUGGCUUCACGCAGGGCCUGCGCGCCUCGGCGUCCUCAGUGGCCGCCCUCGGCUCGCGUGGAUCGAUGGAGCGAGUUGACGCCCUGUGCGCUCUGCAGCAGGUGGCCGCCUGUGCGCGUGGUUACACCCAGGCACUGUCGCAGGCUGACGGGCGCUGCGGCCUGGAGUCUGUCGGUCGGACUCCCGGCGCCGACUCGCCUUACUGCCUCACAGGCCUCUGGGGCCAGGGUGCUGCCGGGCAGUGCCACGGAGGCUCAGGGGGCGCGGAUGACGCCUGGGCAGACGCGGAGGACGUCGCAGAGGAGGACUGUGCUCUUCGAAGUUCCGAAACGCACCUUUUUGACAAGGUCAGAGGCUAUGACAUCAAGCUGCUCCGGUACCUGUCCGUCAAGUACAUCUGUGACCUGAUGGUGGAGAACAAGAAGGUGAAGUUUGGCAUGAAUGUAACGUCCUCCGAGAAGGUGGACAAAGCCCAGCGCUACGCCGACUUCACUCUCCUCUCCAUCCCGUAUCCAGGCUGUGAAUUUUUCAAGGAAUACAAGGACCGGGACUACAUAGCUGAAGGGCUCGUUUUUAACUGGAAUCAGGACUACGUGGACGCCCCGCUGAGCAUCCCUGACUUCCUGACCGGCUCCCUGAACAUCGACUGGAGCCAGUAUCAGAGCUGGGACUUGGUGCAACAGACACAGAACUACCUGAAACUGCUGCUGUCCAUAAUCAACAGCGACGACGACCGCGGGCUGCUGGUGCACUGCAUCUCGGGCUGGGACCGGACGCCUCUCUUCAUCUCUCUGCUGCGCCUCUCCCUGUGGGCUGACGGGCUCAUCCACACGUCCCUGAAGCCGGCCGAGAUCCUCUACCUGACCGUGGCCUACGACUGGUUCCUCUUCGGGCACAUGUUGGUAGAUCGUCUCAGCAAAGGAGAGGAGAUUUUCUUUUUCUGCUUCAAUUUUUUGAAGCAUAUCAUCUCCGAGGAGUUCUCUGCUCUGAAGACUCAGAGGAGGAAGAGUUUGCCGACCCGGGACGGCUUCACCCUGGAGGAUCUCUGCAUGCUGAGACGAAAAGACCGUGGCAGCACCACCAGCCUGGGCAGUGACUUCUCGCUGGUCAUGGAGAGCUCCCCAGGGGCCGCCGGGAGCUUCACCUACGAGACCGUGGAGCUGGUGCCUGCAGGAGCUCAGACCCAGGCAGCCUGGAGGAAGAGCCACUCGUCCCCCCCACAGAGCGUGCUCUGGAGCCGGCCGCUGCCCGCGGAGGACCGCCCGCUGUGCCAGCAGGGGCUGGUGGAAGCCAGGUCUUCCAGCUCCUCGUCCUCAAACCAUUCUGACAACUUUUUCAGGAUGGGUAGCAGCCCCCUGGAGGUCCCCAAACCCAGAUCAGUGGACCAUCCCCUGCCCGGAUCCUCUCUCUCCACAGACUUUGGCAGCUGGCAGAUGGUCACGGGCUGCGGCAGUAUUCAGGAACGGGCUGUCCUGCACACAGACGCCUCGCUCCCUUUCAGCUGCCCGGAUGAGCUCCCUGGCAGUUGUCUACUGGCGGCGCUGAGCCAGCGGCAGACGCGGCUGCAGGAGGUGCGCUCGGCCUUCCUGGCGACGUACAGCAGCACGGUGGGGCUGCGCGCGGCCCCCAGUCCUUCUGGCGCCAUCGGGGGCCUGCUGGAGCAGUUCGUGCGAGGCGUCGGGCUCCGGGGUGCCAGCAGCAGCGCCCUGUGAAGCAGCCGCCCCCAGCCGUUGCUGCGCCUCUCACCUGAGCCCCAGAGGAGUCCAAGCCAGGCCCGGCACGGGGGUGACCAGCGCCGGCGAGGCCUCACUGCUCCUCCGUCUGCCCGGGGCGGCCCCAGAGCCCAGCAGGCCAGGACGAGGCUGCCCAGCCCGGCUCUCCGACUGACCGCCACCCUCUCGUCACUGCCCCCCACCGCGUCUUCGCCGGAUUCCUGUCAGCUCUCAGCUGUGGGUCCCUGAGGCCUGUGGAGGCCGCGACUGCACCAGAGACACCCCUUCCCCUGCUUCCUGGGGAGGGGUCACCUGCACUGAGAAUUGAGGCAGUUGGCACCGAUCACAAAAUAAAGUCAGAGUCUUUU